UAGUGUUACUUUUUACAGUAGGGGACAAUAUAAGAUCGGUUGACAAAACAAAAUCAUCAGUGUCUCGAUAAUUUUAGUUUUGGACAUUUACAUUAGUGAACAUUGUUUUUCUUAAAAUUAAAGUUGAUGUGCAAUAUGAGUGAUUCGGAUGAGAGUAGAUCCCCAGGGCAACCUUCCACUGAACAAUUAUUAGAUGCAGUACGAGGUGCCGACCCAUCAGAUGCUAAAGUUGUUGAUGUGGAUGUUAAAUUUCCCAAACAAAUUCAGGAUGCAGUGUCACAGGUGUUGAAGGGUUACGACUGGUCUUUAGUUCCUAUGCCACAACGAGGACCAAAUGGUGAAAAACGCAAACCACACAUAAAAAGACCAAUGAAUGCAUUCAUGGUAUGGGCCCAGGCUGCGAGGAGAAAGCUUGCAGAUCAAUAUCCACAUCUCCACAAUGCAGAACUCAGCAAAACUCUUGGAAAGUUAUGGAGAUUGCUAAACGAGGAAGAAAAGCGACCAUUUGUGGAUGAAGCCGAGAGGCUCCGAGUUCAACACAAAAAAGACUAUCCAGACUACAAAUACCAACCAAGGAGAAGGAAACCUUUGAAGAGUGCUAAUGGCGGUACUGCAGAAAACAACAAUAUCCCACCGGGUAUCAUGUUUAAAAGUAACACUUGUUUGAGUGGAGGGUCCCCAGUUGGUGCUAGUGACGGUGACUGUUCCAGUGACUGUUCUAACAACCCUAAUGGACCACCUACUCCACCAACCACACCAAAUCAGUACUUAAAAUGUAUGGCAGAUCGAAUGAGACCAAGAAACGUUGCAGGUCAACCAAUAGAUUUCAAUCCGUAUAACGGAGAUGUGCCAAUAAUUGACAGUUUCCCAGAUGCAGAAGAGCUCGAUCAGUAUUUCCCACCUCAGUACAAUUCCAUGUACGGUCAACCAUCCGUCCCAUGUACCACAUCAACAUGGUCUACAACAAACUAUCAAAGAAUCACUGGAAAUAUGUCUCAUUCAUCUUAUCCUGCGGCACCUAAUACUGAUAUCUCAUCACCGUAUGACUUAUCAAACCAUCCGUCCCCAGCAAAUAGUUCCCAAAAUAUGCAUAGUCCAUCAUACCAAAGUACCACAACCGAUUGCAAAUACCAAGACGAAGACAGAAACACGACAAUCAAGUUAGAACCCGCCCGUCAAAGACAGAACGCAAGACAAUUCGAUACUUACGAUGUCUCGCCACCACCUCCACGUUAUCCCGUUGAACAUACAAAUUAUUCAUCCGCGUCACCAAAUUCAUAUCCAGCAACCACAGCGUCCGGUUCGCCUACAUAUCAGUACCUGGGCAUUGCUCGUCAAAUGUACAAUCCUGCCAUUCCUGUAGCCGUUCCCGCCGAACAACAGUGGAACAGGUCAUACACAUAAACAAUCAAAACUUUUACAUUUUGUUUGAUAUUCAUUGUUACAAAUAUUUAUUUUUUAAAUGUAAAACUAUCCAUUGCACGAUAAAGAGGUAUGAUUGAUUAAUUAUGUUGCAUAUGAUGCGCGAGUGAUUUUGUAGUAUUUGUGUUUUGAAAUGUGGUAUCCUCUACAAAGUAGUGGCGUCAUUAUUUAUUUUCUAUAAUCAAAAUUAUUUGGUUUUAUGAGGCAUAUUGUCUAUAUUCAUCCAAUUUUAUGAUUUGUAAAUCCAUUGAAAUGUAAGCAAGUAUUUGGUGCUAUCCACACGGAAGGUGCUGUUUGUAUCAGUAAUGAACACUUAACAUGUUUUGCUUUAUUAUUAAAUGCGCGAUCAGUAUUUGAAACACCAUAAGCUUUAAUUACAUGUUUGUUUGUUGUGAAAAGAAGCUCUUUGCCGGAUCUCGUGAGCCAGAUCUCGAUCAAUUGUAUGAUAGGUAUAGAUUUUUUAAUAAUAUUUUCUACAUUUUGAUACAUGUAAAUGACUGUAAAUAAUUGUUUAUAUAGGAAUAAAAACAUGAACUUUUAAA